AUGAGCGACGCCCUGUACGCGUCUGUGAAGCAGGAUGACCUCGAGUGCAAUGACGGCACGGCCAGCCGCGUGUUCUCGCGCGGUCCGGACUACGAUGAGCGCCGCGAGUUAGUCAAGAAGUUCGUCCUUGCCGCGCUCGUGGUGAUGCCCUACCUGGUGCUUAUUGCUCUCUUCGCGGGUGUGGGCAGCCCCGCCCACAGUUACAGCAACACACCGGUCAUCGCGGUGUCCGACCUGGCUAACCAGACACAAGUGGACCAGGUGUGCGCGGACCAGCGCUUGCAGAAGCUCGACAUGCAGCGCAAUGUCUACUACGAUUCGUCGCUGCUCUCGCGUCCGCAGCGCUACGCAGCGUUGCAACAAAAGGGUGCCACGCUAUGGUUCACAGGCCUAUCCGGCAGUGGCAAGAGUACAGUUGGUCGCGCACUUGAGAAGGAGCUGCUGCGUCGUCGUCUGCACACGUACCGACUGGACGGAGACAACGUGCGCAUCGGCCUCAACCGCGACCUCGGCUUCUCCGAGACAGACCGCGCUGAGAGCGUGCGUCGUGUGGGAGAAAUGGCCGCGCUGUUCUCCGAGGCUGGCGUUAUCACUCUUGUGGCGCUCGUGUCGCCCUUCCGAGCUCGUCGCGAUGAAGUGCGCGAGCUGCACAAGAAGAUGGGCAUUCCAUUCUACGAAGUCUUUGUCGACGUACCCGUGUCGGUGGCUGCUGAUCGAGAUGUCAAGGGUCUAUACAAACGUGCUAUCAAGGGCGAGAUCAAGGACUUCACGGGCAUCUCGUCACCCUACGAGGAGCCACUAAACCCUGAGAUCCACCUCAACGCCUCAAGUCAGUCGCUCGAAGACGAAGUCAAGAUGAUCCUGGACAAACUAGAGACUGAAGGACUUCUCACUGGUGUAGAGCAACCGCCUAGUGGAUAUCCUGGUGUGGCUGUGGCGGACGGAGGCAACGCUGUCGCCACAUUCCCGAACUUGUUCCCCGAUCAGCCGAGUGUCUCGCGUCCAGACAACUACGACCAGCUGCCCCGUGUGCUUCUCCGCGAUGAGGACGUGCACUGGUUGCAGAUUAUUGGUGAAGGUUGGGCUGCUCCUCUGCGUGGCUUCAUGCGUGAAGGUGUCUAUCUGCAAUCGCUGCACUUCAGCAGCGUGCUGUACGACACAGACAACCUGACGGACGGUAACUUGGCGCUUCACAAGCCCACCAACUUCUCUGAAUACUCCAGUGAGUUCGUGUCCAAGGGCGAACGUGUGAACAUGCCUGUGCCUAUCGUCCUCCCGAUCAACGACGCUGCAAAGGAACAUAUUGGCCAGUUCAAGCAGGUUGUGCUGGUUAGUCCGUCUGGUGAAGAGCUCGCACUACUCAACGACCCCGAAGUUUUCGACCAUCGUAAGGAGGAGCGUAUCACGCGCACUUUCGGUGCCAUGGACAAUGGCCAUCCCUACAUUGCUGAGAUCCUCAAGUCGGGUGACUAUCUUCUGGGUGGUGAGAUUGAGCUGCUCUCUCGUAUCAAGUAUAACGACGACUUGGACCAGUACCGCUUGACCCCAACCGAACUCCGUAAACGCUUCGAAGAAAUGGGCGCUGACGUGGUGCUUGCCUUCCAGACGAGAAACCCGACACAUGCUGGUCACGCGUACCUUAUGAACAACGCCCGUGAGCAACUGAUCGCUCAGGGAUACAAGAACCCUGUCCUGUGGCUGUCUCCUCUUGGUGGUUGGACGAAAGAGGACGAUGUUCCUCUCGAUGUGCGAGUGCGUCAACACGAGGCGAUUCUGCGGGACGGUAUGCUUGACAAGGAGAGCACUGUGCUUGCUAUCUGGCCGUCUCCAAUGAUCUACGCUGGACCGCGUGAGGUGCAGUGGCACGCGAAGAGCCGUAAGAACGCUGGUGCUAGCUUCUUCGUUGUUGGACGCGAUCCUGCUGGUAUCAAGCGCUCGGAUGGUGACAAGGACGAUAUCUAUGCCGGCGAUCACGGCCGUUUCGUGCUGCACAUGGCUCCUGGCAUGGAGGACUUCAACAUCUUGUCGUUCUCCAAGGUAUACUACGACGUGCAGGACCACAAGAUGAAGCCGAUGGAUAGCAGUCGCAAACAGGAUUUCCUCUCGAUUUCUGGCUCGCGUAUGCGCAAGAUGGCUCGUGAAGGCCUGCAAAAGUGCGAGGGCGACAAGAUCCCUGCUGGCUGGGAAGACAAGCCCACGUGUGUUCCUCAGGGUUUCAUGGUCAAGUCUGGCUGGGACAUUAUGAUUGACUACUACCAGAACAUCAACAGUCCGCGCUGGAUUCCGUUCGCCACACAGUUCUCCAAGCCUGUCGUGGACACGUCUCGUUCAUUCUCGUCCGAGGGCACGUUUGGUCGCACCGACUACAAGCUCCUCUUCAAGAACAACAAGGGCGAGAAGAUCUCUCCGUGGCACGACAUUCCGCUACAUCCGGUUGACUCGAAGGACAACAGUUCGUACAACUUCAUUGUGGAGAUCCCCAAGGGCAUUGCGCACAAGAUGGAGGUGAACAAGGAGGAGAAGUACAACCCGAUCAUGCAGGACACGACACACAACGGUACUCGUGGACGCGACUAUCUGUACGGCGUUCCUUUCUUCAACUACGGUCUGUUCCCGCAGACGUGGGAAGAUCCGAGUGUGAAGGACCAGAGUGGCAAUGGAGGCGACAACGACCCGUUGGAUGUGAUUGAGGUCGGUGCGAAGCAGUUGGCUAUGGGCUCAGUGAACCCUGUCAAGAUCCUGGGCAGUCUCGAGCUUGUUGACCAGGGCGAAGUAGACCACAAGAUCCUGGCCCUUUCCCUCGCUGAUGCGGACGCUGACAAGAUUAACAGCGUGAGCGACUUGCAGAGUGUGAAGCCUGGUGUGCUGGACGCACUGGUAGAUUGGCUCAAGAAGUACAAGAUCCCAGAGGGCAAGUCCGAGAACGUAUUCUCUCAGGAGAAGCCCACGUCUGCAGAGGCCGCCAAGCAGAUUGUAGCGGAGACACACGAGCGGUGGCAGAAACUUAAGGCAGGAGAGAUUAGCGUCAAGGACGAGUUCUGGCUAAACUAG